CAAAUGAGCGCACUGCCCGAUAAUGCUCAGUGUCGGUGCACAAGGCUGGGACUUAUCCGAGGUGGAGGGAACUAAGCCCCCUGGGAGCAACGUCACUCCCCUUGGCAUAUCAACCACUGUCCGCUGUAAAUGCGCACAACACACAACAACAGAGGACGUCAGGAUCGCACCCCCUCAACGCGAAAUGCUUUGCGAACCGAAUCUAACUCAAGCAAUCCUCCCCGAUUCCGUGCGUUUCGGCGAGGAGGCAUUCACAUGCUCAGGCAUACAAGGCUAAAGAACUGCGCGGCGAAGUGGGAAGGUCAUUCAAAGUGGAAGUCGAGUCGCGUCGGCUAUGGUGCGUGGUAAGGGAAACGGCACAAAGAGCCAACAUCUGUAACUUCGGGAUUUACUUGUAAAGGCGCUUUUACUGGAGAUCGUGGGAUAUUCUAUGUGUAAACAUGCCUGUAAGAAGAGGUCACGUUGCGCCACAAAACACAUUCCUUGGAUUAAUUAUUCGGAAAUUCGAGGGUCAGAACCGGAAAUUUGUGAUAGCCAAUGCCAGGGUGGAGAACUGUGCAAUCAUAUACUGCAACGAUGGCUUCUGCGAGAUGACAGGCUUCUCAAGACCGGACAUCAUGCAGAAGCCGUGCACCUGUGACUUCCUCCAUGGUGGCUUGACCAACAAAGAGGCCAUCAGCCAGGUGGCUCAGGCUGUGCUCAGGUCCGAGGAGCGCAAGGUGGAGAUCACCUACUACCGUAAGGACGGGUCUGACUUUCAGUGUAACAUUCACAUAAUCCCUGUGAAAAAUGAGGAAGGUGUGGUGAUGAUGUUUAUCUUAAAUUUUGAUUACGUCGUGGAUGAGGAAAGUGACAACUCCACAGAGAAGAUAAGCCCAACGUCUCCUACAAAGUCAGAUCAAAGAAAGAGUAGAUUCUUCCGCUUCCGCCAGGCCGCUUUGAGCCUAAUGAAUACCAACAAGCAAUCUCUUCCGCAAGAGGACCCAGAUGCUGUGAUGGUGGACUCGCCCAAAGAGAAUGAGGACUCAGUGGCCCUGCAGAACUUCUCCUCACCCACCAAGAGCAUUUGCAGUCCCAUUGAGGCCAAUGACACACAUGGCCUCAUAGGCUCAAGCCACCACACUUCCCAAGCUAGCAUCGGUCCUGAACCACUUGACCAUUCAUCCCCUAAACUCCCCUGGGAGAAGCUGUACCAGACAGAGCCGCACCAGGCCUCUAGCACUCUGUCAAACACCUUCCCCAGAGGCAGCAUCAACAGUAUGAGGCGAGCCUCAUCUGUCCAUGAAAUCGAGGGCUACAGCUCCAAUUCCAAAAGUCUUUUCAGGGAUCGUCAUAGUGAAGGCCCUUUUAAUCACGUGAAGUCCAGCCUGCUUGGCUCUACCUCUGAUUCUAACAUCAACAAAUAUAGCACCAUCAACAAAAUCCCUCUGAUUGCACUCAACUUCUCUGAGGGGACUGAUAAGAAGACUCAUUCUCCGCCAACAUCCGAGACAACCAUCAUAGCACCAAAGGUCAAAGACAGGACUCACAAUGUCACAGAAAAAGUCACACAGGUCCUGUCACUUGGAGCUGAUGUGCUACCAGAGUACAAACUCCAGACAGCCCGCAUUGACAAGUUCACCAUCCUCCACUACAGCCCCUUCAAAGCUGUGUGGGACUGGCUGAUCCUGCUGCUGGUCAUCUACACGGCAAUCCUCACUCCCUACUCUGCUGCUUUUCUUCUCAAUGACCAAGGGGAGCAGAGGAGGCGUGAAUGUGGAUACUCCUGCAGCCCUCUUAAUGUAGUGGAUUUAAUUGUGGACAUCAUGUUCAUCAUUGACAUCCUCAUAAACUUCAGGACCACUUACGUGAACCAGAACGAGGAGGUGGUCAGCAAUCCAGCUAAGAUAGCAAUCCAUUACUUUAAAGGCUGGUUCCUUAUAGACAUGGUGGCAGCAAUCCCCUUUGACCUUCUUAUCUUUGGCUCAGGAUCGGAUGAGACUACCACUCUGAUUGGCCUGUUGAAGACAGCUAGGCUCCUACGAUUGGUGCGUGUAGCCAGGAAGCUGGACCGUUACUCUGAGUAUGGUGCUGCAGUCCUUAUGCUGCUCAUGUGCAUCUUCGCCCUCAUUGCCCACUGGCUAGCCUGUAUAUGGUACGCCAUUGGCAACGUGGAGAAGCCCUACCUGGAGCACAAGAUUGGCUGGCUAGACAAUCUAGGCGUGUCCAUAGGAAAGAGAUACAACUACAGCGAUCCUAGCUCUGGUCCCUCUAUCAAGGACAAGUAUGUCACAGCACUUUACUUCACCUUCAGCAGUCUGACCAGUGUGGGCUUUGGAAAUGUUUCCCCAAACACCAACUCAGAGAAGAUCUUUUCCAUCUGUGUCAUGUUGAUUGGCUCCCUCAUGUAUGCCAGUAUUUUUGGAAACGUCUCUGCCAUAAUCCAGAGGUUGUACUCGGGUACGGCCCGCUAUCAUGCUCAAAUGUUACGGGUCAAGGAGUUCAUACGCUUUCACCAGAUUCCCAACCCACUGAGGCAGAGGCUGGAGGAGUACUUCCAACACUCCUGGGCCCACACCAAUGGCAUUGAUAUGAACACGGUGUUAAAAGGUUUUCCUGAGUGCCUGCAGGCAGAUAUCUGCCUUCACCUCAACAGGAGUCUUCUUACCAACUGCAAAGCGUUCCAAGGCGCCACCAAAGGCUGCCUGAGGGCCUUGGCCAUGCAUUUCAAAACCACUCAUGCCCCUCCUGGAGACACUCUGGUCCACAGUGGUGAUGUGCUCACCGCUCUCUACUUUCUUUCCCGCGGCUCUAUUGAGAUUCUGAAAGAUGACAUUGUGGUAGCCAUCCUGGGAAAAAAUGACAUCUUUGGAGAAAUGAUCCAUCUGUUGGCCAAGCCUGGAAAGUCCAAUGCUGAUGUGCGAGCUCUGAGUUACUGUGACCUGAGCACCAUUCAGAGAGAAGAUCUGCUGGAGGUGCUAGACAUGUACCCAGAGUUCGCUGACUGCUUCUUUAACAACCUGGAGCUUACCUUCAACCUCAGAGAUGAGUCUGCAAAGCCCUCAAGUUCUCAAGGCUGUGAUUCAGAUGGCGAGGGCACUAAGAGCAUUAAAAGAAGGAUCUCCUUCACAACAGAUAUAUCUGAAAGGGAAAACAAGGAAGUGGUUAAAAACUUGGGGAGGGAGAGGGAGUCUAACUCAUGCCUAAGGAGAAGAGACCCAGAAGUCCGGCUUCCCUCUCCACCCAAUGCCGCAGUCCUGGACUCAAAUCUUAUUGUCAGAGACAGCUUGGAGAGAAGACCAUCUUUUGAAGAUCUGUGCUGUGAUAAAUGGGCCUGUAAGAAGCCUACGGACUUCCUGGAUGAGUCAGCACGGUUCCAGGACCUGAGAGAGGACGAUAAUUCUGCCAGCGAAAUCACAUACGGAGAGGUGGAACAGCGCUUAGGUCAGCUUCAAGAGCACUUAAACAGGCUGGAGUCUCAGCUGAUGUCAGAUAUUCACACCAUCCUGCAGCUGCUGCAAAGACAGCCGACGCUGGGACCUCCAGCCUACAGCACUGUGACUGCCGGUCCAGACUUUCACAGACCUGCCGUGAAGGUUCAGCCAGUUGCUCUGUCUGCAAGCCAUGUCUUCAGCCAUACAGGAACUCAAGCCCCAAACCUCAAACUGGAGAGGGCCAUUCAGGAAUCCAAAGACUCUCUGUCGAGCUUGGCCAACGUGAAUGCACCCAUCGAGGACAGCCUUACAGCAUUGCUUGUACAAAGACAUACAGAGCCGCUGCAACAACAAAUACAACAGCAGCAGCAACAACAGAUCACAGGGCAUCAACAGUCUGCAUUGAUCCUUCUUCCAACUGAAACAUCUUCCACCUCCUCCUCCCCAGCCCCUUCUGACUCCAACUUCAACACCACUGGACUCCACAGACCUGUCUCAGACCCAGAGUUUCCAAGGCCAUAAACCUUCCAGCAGCACAGUGUUCUAAUAUCUGGGUUGUAAUGCUGUAAUUACUAAGUAGCAGCUUUUUUAUCAGCAUGCUGGCACAGACAUCUGUAUUGUUAAUUUGCAAUGGCUUGGUAAUAGAAGUAAGAUGUUUUUUUUCAUUAUGCAUGUGGAUGAAAUACUGUUCGCUGCAGUUAACAGCGUGUUAACAAACUGUUUUCUGCAGUUAUCAGUGUAAUAACAAUGGUUAAAUAUUGUAGCAACAGUUCUAUCAACACAGAAACCCUCUGAUGGACUCUCACUCAUUUUUACAGAUUCACUCACUCAAAAUGUACAUGUAGAUGCCCAAUCAAUCAGGAUGAACCAAAUCAGAGGAUGGCCCUAUAGGACAGCACUUCCUCAUUCAUUAUGUAGACAGCUUCUUAACUAAAUUCUACUUAAUCGACAGGGAUGCUUGUGAAAGGGCUUUAUCUGGUUGUGAUAGAACUAGCACUACAACACCUAACUUUCUGUUUUACCCAGGCUUGGUACUCGAAUGGGCUCUGUACCCCUUCUCGUGACUCGGUUGCAACAUUUUAUGUCCCAACACACAAUUGGUCACACUGGGCUGGGCUGAGUGGGCCACAAGGCUAGAAUCAGCCACAAUGAAAACCACAUCUGUCCUACUUUGCAAAUCGGGUCUCAGUACAUAUCACUGUUACACAAGCACCAGUGCACCAGUGUAACUACAGUCACAACUUUAUUGGUAGACCCAGGGAAACCUUGCUCAUCAGCUAGAUGUGUCCCUCCCUCCAUCAUUACUUGCCAACUGACCUAUCUCGCACUAGACGUCCUAACGUUCAGCAGAAAGCAAGGGAGAGGGGUAGUAAAAGGCCAUAUACAUAGGUCACCCCACUGUACAUAACAGAGAUCUGGGGUUCCAGGUCAAACACUGCCAGGAGAAUUCCUGUCCAUCGACUGAUAGAAAUGUGAAAAAUCUUUUGCGAAGUCAUCAGCCAUCAUUUCUUUGGACAGGAAUUUGCCAACCAUCCUGUCAAGCCUUUUCCCACCUUUUCAUGCCUGCAGUCAGAAGAAGGAAAGGUUAUCUCUCCAGAAGCUGAGUGCCAACAGAGAGCAGCUACUGUACUACUCACUGCCCCAGAGACAGGGCAAUGCAAUUGAUCACUCGGCUUCCUAUUCUCCAGUCAGUGCAACUGGCAAGUAGAGAUGGAGACUGCGACUAAAGAUUGUUAAUGCUGGCUGGAGGCGGCCCACCGCUGUCACCAAGUCAGUCUGGCAGCUGGUGGACAAAGACUUGUUGUCUAGGCAGUUUGCAAGUGCAACCUGAGACUUGGAAGCAAGAAUACAAGCCAAAGCUAGCGCUGCUUUGUGUCCUCAUCGCCAUCGUACAUGUAUGAAUACCUAAAGCAUGAGGAGGGGACUUGAUGACACUGCUAUUCUUCCUCCAGUUGCUGAAAUCUUUGCAUUGCACCUGACUAUGAGGCACUGACAAGGCCAUAGUUGUAAACACAUACAGUGAAUUUCCUCCACUGGGACAUAAGAUAUUGCCUGAUACACCCUCAACAGUCACUGAUUAACCUGUUCGUUGCUUUUAGAGCCUGUUAAGAGUCUAAAGCCUGCGUGCGAUACAUAUACAGACUCUGCCACUUAGAGGGCCUGAGCCUGCAUAUGAACAGACUAUACAAACUUUUUUCUUCAGCUAUUAGUGUAAUACAGCAUUAUCACAAAGGUGUAAGAACAGUUUUCUUAUCCUUAGUUGUAUGCUUGUCUUGUCUGAAGUGUGACUCAGGGGUUAUGGACAAUUGCACUGCAAUAUACAGUACAGUAUCAAGAAUACUGUAGUUUUCUUCUUUAAACAAUGUGCAUUAUUACUGCCGUCACUGACGCGCACCUACUGUAAAACGUUACGCACCAUACAUGCUUGUCCGGGCAGAUAUCGUAACAUGCAGAUUUAAGUAAGUGAGUUUUCUGCUGUUAUCCCAGAGCUAGGCCCCCGACAAACAAGUAUGGUGUAGGUAUUUCUACGAGGCAGUGCAUGUAUUUUCUAUCUAUAUAUUUACUGUUUUGCACUGCUUAUGAGCCCAAAGUAGCACAUUACAAUAUAAAAUGAUGUCAGUAUACUUGUCUCUUUUAGGAUGCACAUAGAGGGUGUGUGUUUGGGGGGAUAGGGGAUUAGGGGAACACAUGGAAAGUUAGUACUUGCGCAUAAACAGGCCCCAGAGAGGGUCUUGUGCCUACAACCAAUCCAAAUGCUAAGUCAGCAUCUUCAUGUAAAACUAACCAUAACAUCAACGGAUCGUAUCGUUUCCCUGUACUGUUUUUGUUGGCAAUGUACAUUAAAGUUAAAAUGUUGUUAGAUAAUUGUUAGAAAAUAAAUACAUCAUAUUGCCAGAUAUAAAAAAAUGUAUUUUUUUUAACUGAGUAAGUUAUAUGAGAAACUCUUUAGCAAAACAGUAGUACAUAUGUUGGUUUUGAAGCUGUGGGAGCAAUAAAUGAAAUCACACUUA